AUGUUGAGCUCGUUUGUUCAAAAGUUCAUUGAGCAGUCCUCUUUGUCUCCGACCAACGACAACCGCCCGUCAAAAGCCUCUUUGUUUCGAGACCAGUUCAGACUUCCGGCCGGUCAAAAUCCCUUGCAUGAGAUUACCGCUGAACUAUACCUACCGCUCCCCUCGACCCCGGCGGGAGGCCCUAUCACCUCCGGAGAGAAGUCGAGGGACAAUGGCAACAAAUACCUGGGCGAACUACACCUGAGUGAACACUUUCUAUGCUUCUCGACGAUCCGAACCAGUUUCCUCUCCACUGCAAGCCAUGCAUCAUCCACCUCUUUCACGGGCCCUACGCAGGGCGCAGGACCCGGAGGCCAUGGCUUUACUCUGCCCUUGUGCUCUAUACGAAGAGUCGAGAGGCUGAAUAGUCAUCACGACAAGUUCUCGCUGGCCCUCACCACCUUCGAGUCCGUCCAGAAACCUCCGACCGAGAAGACGAAGGCGGUACCCCCUCCUCCCCGGAAGCUCAUCCUGACCCUUGACGGCAGUCGCAUCACCUGCGAACGCUUCUGUGAUGGUUUGAAAAAAGGAUUGAGAGAGGGCAUGAAAGAGGUCGACAAUCUGCGGCUUGUAGUCUCUCAAUGCUACUCGGAAUACCUCCUAGACCCGGCUCGGCUCAAGGCCAAAGAAGAGGGCACCACGCCGCCAGAUCCGCCCGAUACUGGACUGGGCAUGCUGUUCAAAUAUCCGGGAGACGCCAGGAAACUCAGGGACAGGAGUAAGAUCAGACUCUGGGGCGAGUACAUGCGAGAGAAUGGCCGAAAUGCCACGAUAGUGCGCCAACCCACUUUCCACAAGCUGAUCCGUGUUGGGUUACCCAACCGGUUGAGAGGUGAGAUAUGGGAGAUCUGCUCCGGCUCUUUCUACACGCGGCUGAGAAAUCCCAACCUCUACGCCAAAACUCUGGCCAAGUUUACGGGGAAGGAGUCUUUGGCCAUCGACGAGAUUGAGAAGGAUCUGAACCGAAGUCUGCCAGAAUAUCCCGGCUUUCAGAGUGAAGAGGGUAUUGGCCGGCUCCGCCGCGUCCUCACGGCCUACAGCUGGACCAACGAAGAGGUCGGCUACUGUCAAGCCAUGAACAUCGUUGUGGCUGCUCUGCUCAUCUACAUGUCCGAGUCACAGGCGUUCUUCACCCUCGGCGCCUUGUGUGACAGACUGCUCCCCGGAUACUACUCGAAGGACAUGUAUGGCACUCUCUUGGAUCAGCGUGUCUUCGAGAAUCUCGUCGAACGGACAAUGCCCGUUCUUUGGGAGCAUUUGGUCAAGUCUGACGUCAACCUAUCCGUGGUGUCACUACCCUGGUUUUUGUCAUUAUACAUCAACUCGAUGCCCCUUGUCUUUGCUUUCCGGGUGCUUGAUGUCUUUUUCCUAGAAGGCCCGAAAGUCCUCUUUCAGAUUGGUCUGGCCAUUCUCCGUAUCAAUGGCGAAGAACUACUUGAUGUGAGCGAUGACGGCUCCUUCAUCUCCAUCCUCAAGAACUACUUUUCACGAUUGGACGAGUCGGCCCAUCCUCAUUCAGAAAACGAAAAGUUGAGGGCUAUCACCAAAUUCCAGGAACUCAUGGUGACGGCCUUCAAGGAGUUUGCCGGCAUUACACACGCGAGCAUCGAAGAGCUGAGAGACAAACACAUCGACGGCGUCAAGGAGGGGCUUGCAACCUUUGCCAAACGGACCUCAAUCCGGAAUUUGGGACCAGAGAGUAAGAAGCUCAGUGCUGACGAUCUGAGUGCCAUCUACGACAGGUUCUUUGGCGUCUUGGCUGAGCGACAAGAACGUGCAAAAUUUCGCGAGGUGGAGAGAAGGAAGCAGCAAGAUCAGAGAGUGCGGCCUGGUUUGUGGCCGCAACAUUCAUCUCGCAACAACGAUGAGCCUGCCCGUAAUGCCCAGCCACUGCAGACUAUGGAUUACGACGCCUUCAGAGAGUUUCUGGCCAACACGGCCAAAUGGGCUGUGACAGACUCGCCCUCUACACCCAGCAAGGAGUUUGCCAGUCUCAAUCAAAGCCAGAGGAAACGGAGUAAGACCAUGUCGCAAUGGGGCUCUGGGCCCGAACCUGCCGACCACGAUUUCAUGCAACGCUUGUAUGGCAAAUGGGACGAAUCGCAUCAGGGAGAGAUGACCCUUCAGCAACUAGUCCGGGGUCUGGCCCAAUUCAAGGGAACCACAGACAUCAUGAAUUCCAUGAGCCUGUUCUUCGAUCUCUUUGACGACGAUGGCACGGGCAAAGUUGACCGGGAGGGCAUCCUGAGGAUGUCUGAAUCGCUCUUGUUCCUUUCCCGGCGAGGUUUCGACGGUGCCAUAACCCCAUCUGACACGAGCAACGGACUGACAUCUCCGCUCUCUGCCUCAGACUCAAGGGAAGGCCUGAAAUUGAGCACCAAUGAAAAGUUUCUAGGUAGCGUCAGUGCCUUCAUCAGACGAUGUUUCGAAUACGCCGAUCCAGAUGACGCCCUGGGGGCCGCAAGCCCAAGGCUCGAGAUGACAACCACCGACAGAUCGAAUGACGAAGACCUAAUUGAAUUGACCGAAUCACGAUCUGACCACAAAAACCUCGCGUCGCCCAAACCUACAGAGAAGGAUCCUCUCUCCGAAGUGACACCGCCUCAAACGCCUUCCCUAUCGAGCGCCCAAGACAAACGCAUCUCCUCCUCUUCUCGCGCUGCCUCGCAUAACCUCGCCCUCGAUCCCAACAAGCCCUUGCAUAUCACGCUCCCGACUUUCCGCAUGGUCAUCCUUGCAGACGAACUUCUCGAGCAGUUCUUUGAGACGUUCUUCCCUCAGUCUUUCCGCCUGGCCGACGUUGCCCCCAACGCCAGCUCCUCGUCGUUGGCGUCACCCACCAAUACACUCUCAGGAAAUCUGACCACCUUCACGAACCUAGGCACCCCUGUGAAAAACUUGCUGAAUGGCACACCCUCAAACAAGACUCUCCCUGACGUCGGCCGUGCCGGUGGUGUUGUGGAACCGGGCUCCCGAGGUCUGCGAGGUGUUUUGGAUAAUAUUGUCAACGACGGCAUGCGAAUGGCAGCUGAGAUGCGGAAACGUAUGGACGAUGCGCAGAGGGAGUUUGAGCGAAACGCCCGCGAGCAGGGGCACAAACCUUAUCGAGACGACGAGGACGACGACGAGGAUUAUGAUGAUAAGGACACGGGGGUUGGGAAGAGAGAUCAAGAACUGUUGGAGGGGGCCGAGGUUGCCAGUAUCCGACCAGCCAUCGGCCCUGGUGGGAGUAUAGAUGAAGGAGGUAUGAGGAGCCGAGCCGAGAGCUCCACGACGCUGAAUUCGAAGGGCAGUGGCAGUGGCAGCGGGAUGGGAACAUUGAGCCGCAAGACCACGAGCAGUGGGAAUAGCGUGAGUAUUUUGGAUGUCAAUGAUACGUCUUCAGAUUCAAAAUGA